UGCCUGGGAACAGCCUUUUGCUUCUGUACAGGUAUCAUGAGACGUGGCUCCAGGAACCCGGCAGAGCAGAUCUGACAUCACACCUGAGCCCUGUGACCUCAGAAGAGGUCGGCGUCCAGUGCUGGAACCUCUCCAGGGCCAACACACUGCUGACCUUAAACUGCUGAUUGCUGCUAGACUGUUCUGCUGAUGCUCAGCAUUCCCUUCCAGUCCAGAGAGCAAGUAGAAAGAUGGCACAGCAGAGUGCCAGGACAAAGAGAAGUGGGCUAGUUUGCUUUGUACCAAGAGAAGAACCAAGGGCAGAUAUACUGUGACCAGAGAGAGAGAGAGUAGAAGGACUCUGUCAGGAGAGGAUCUGGAAUACUGUGCCAGGAGAAGAGCUGGAAUACUGUGCCAAUAGAGGAGCUGGAAAUCUGUGCCAGGAGAAGAGCUGGAAUACUGUGCCAAUAGAGGAGCUGGAAAUCUGUGCCAGGAGAAGAGCUGGAAAUCUGUGCCAAAAGAGGAGCUGGAAAUCUGUGCCAAUAGGGGAGCUGGAAUUCCGUGCCAAUAGAGAAGCUGGAAUUAUGUGCCCACAGAGGAGCUGGAAUUCUGCACCAAUAUAGCCACUAGAAAUUCAUGCCAGGAGAGGAACUUGUUGUUUUUUUUUGAGCCAAGAGAGGAGCCAACUUAUACCAGCCGCUGCGCCUCCUCUACAGAUCCACCCUGCAGCUCCUAUUAAUGAUUAUUUUUCCUCUGCAUCAUUGCUGAGACCGUCUCCCUGCCAGGAUCCGAUCGGAGCUUCCACCCGCUGCCUGCCUGGAGAUCCCCCCCCAACCCCACCGAGCACCUGACGUCAUCAUGCUGCCCUCAUUGUACUACCUGGUGCCAGUUCUGGGGGGCUACGCCGCCACCUCCUAUUACCUCCUGAAGAACCCUCACAUUCUGCACCGGAAGAAGAGGCUACCCUUUCAUUGCCGGCACAUCUCCCACCGAGGAGGAGCUGGAGAGAGGAUCGAGAACACCAUAGGAGCCUUUGAAAAUGCCACGGCCAAUCACACGGACCUCUUGGAGCUGGACUGUCACCUGACCAAGGACGGGCAGGUUGUGGUGUCACAUGACGACAAUUUGCUGCGGCAGGCGGGACGCGAUGUCAACAUAUGUGAAGUCAGAUACGAGGACCUUCCGCAGUAUAAGGACACUCUGGAGGUGACAUUUUUCCCAGGUCACAUGUCAUCAGGACACGAUCGUCAAAUGCCGCUGCUGGAGGAAGUCUUCCAGAGAUUCCCAGAGAAACCCAUCAACAUCGAGAUAAAGCGAGACUGCGAUGAGCUGAUUAAAAAGGUGUCAGACCUGGUGAAGAAGUACCAGAGGACGGAGAGGACAAUCUGGGCCAGUACCAGCGAUCCAGUCAUGAAGAAAUGUCGGGAGGAGAACUCCGACAUGCCUUUCAUGUUCACACCCCGCCGAGGGAUCAUCCUUCUUGUCCUCUACUAUACUGGCCUCCUUCCCUUCGUGCCGUUGUCAGAGUCGGUGGUGGAAACCUACAUGCCGUCCAUUAUAAACAGGACGUAUUUCCCCCACAAUCAGCUCAUGAGGAACCGCUUUCUGGUCCGCCUGCAGGAUAAAUUGAUGAUGAGGAAAGGUCUCUUCCAGCACCUAGAAGCCCGGGGCAUUCAGGUCUACCUCUGGGUUCUGAACCAGGAGUCGGAUUUCCGGCGAGCUUUUGAUUACGGGGUCACCGGCGUUAUGACCGAUUACCCCUCCAAACUGCACCGCUUUCUCCAGAAAUACGAAGGAGGGCAGAGGGCCCGGGACCCGGAACCUCAAGAGCCUGCGGCUGCAGAAGAAGAAGAGCAGCAACAGCAGCGAUGCUGAGGGACACAAUCCCGCUAACUGCUUGUGAUUUGUAUAUAUAAAGCUUUAUCAAUAAAUUGCUUCUAGUUUUCCAAUAAAGUGACAGUUUUGGCCGUC